UUAUUAUUGUCGGUUCACGUCAGCAGAUGGCGACAUCUCGGCCAGCUGUGCGCCCCCUCCGCCCCCCUCUGUCACAGGAGCGUAUUUAUCCCGAGGGAGACGCUGACAGACAUCCACAGAGAGUCGUCACCGUGUCGGGGGAGGACGGCGCGAUGUGGCCCUCCUCGCCGCUGCUGCUGCCGCUGCUGCUCGGUCUGCUGCGACCCAGCACCGGAACCGCCUUCACUCAGAGGUGUGACUCAUCCGCAGAUGGCACCAUUUACGAAUACCAGGCGAAGACUCUAAGCGGUGGCCACACCGUCAACUUCACUGACUACAUGGGCAGCGCUGUCCUGUUUGUCAACGUGGCCACUUACUGAGGAUACACCUUCCAGUACGUGGAAUUGAAUGCACUGCAAGAGGAGAUGAGGGCACUUGGACUCACGGUUCUUGGAUUCCCCUGCAACCAGUUCGGGAAACAGGAACCGGGGGAAAAUCGUGAAAUCAUCCUGGGUUUGAAGCACGUUAGACCAGGCAAGGGAUUUGUUCCAAACUUCCUGCUGUUUGAGAAAGGUGACGUGAAUGGAGAAGACGAGCAACAGGUUUUCACUUUCCUUAAGAGAUCCUGUCCUGCGGUCGGAGGCGACUUUGGCAGCUCGUACGGCAGGCUCUUCUGGGAGCCUCUGAAGAUCAGCGACAUCAAGUGGAACUUUGAGAAGUUCCUGGUGGGCCCAGACGGAAAGCCGGUGAUGAGGUGGCACCCGAGUGUCAACGUCUCCGAGGUCCGAGCGGAUAUUCGCAAAUACCUGCUCCAGCUGUACAAACAGGAUAUUUUAAAUUAGACGCGACUGGCCGUACAAACGCGUCCCAGCAGCAGGAACGAGGCGCAGAAGACGAGUAGAGCUAAUGUAGCACAUUAAGAGUAAGGUGACAGUUUCUGAUACAUGAAGAUGGCAUGUUGAAUGAAGAGGAGGCCUGAAAACAGGAACUCUGUGGGGCCUCUUUGGAAUCUGGGGUUCAAGCCAGCUUUUCAGUGCAUUCAGGCUGCCUUGCAAAUCCCACAGCACCAUGUCAUCUUCUCCUGACAGAACCUGUUAGCCAUUACUGCCUAAAUGUUAAUUGCUUUCAAUAAAUCACUGAGAACACCA